CACGUCACAAAGGGCGCCGCUCUCGCACGGCCCGGCGUCGCCUGGCACGCGGGCACCCGGGCCGGGCCCCUGGGCUGCUCGCCUCGCAGGGUCUCCGCGCCGUGGCCGCGGGCCGGGGCGGCCUCCGACAUGGUGGACUACUACGAGGUGCUGGGCGUGCCCCGGCACGCCUCGUCCGACGCCAUCAAGAAGGCGUACCGCAAGCUGGCGCUCAAGUGGCACCCGGACAAGAACCCCGAGAACAAGGAGGAAGCCGAGAGGCGGUUCAAGCAGGUGGCCGAGGCGUACGAGGUGCUGUCGGACGCCAGGAAGCGCGCCGUCUACGACCGCUGCGGCGAGGCCGGGGUGGGCGGCGGCGGCGCGGGCGGCGGGCCCUUCGAGGACCCCUUCGAGUGCGUCUUCACCUUCCGCGACCCCGCCGACGUCUUCAGGGAGUUCUUCGGCGGCCGGGACCCGUUCUCCUUCGACUUCUUCGGGGACCCGCUGGAGAACCUCUUCUUCGGCGCUCGGAGGAGCUCCCGGGGCAGCAGGAGCCGGGCGUCCGCGCCGCUCUUCUCCAGCGUCGGCGACUUCCCGGCGGCGUUCAGGGGCGGCUUCUCCUCCUUCGACGCGGGCUUCCCUGCCUUCGGGUCCCUGGGCGGUGGAGGCCUGUCUUCCUUCUCCGUGUCGUGUGGGAGCGGGGGCACGGGCGGCUUCAAGUCCGUGUCCACCUCCACCGAGAUCGUGGACGGCAAGAAGAUCACCACCAAGCGGGUCGUGGAGAACGGCCAGGAGAGGGUGGAGGUGGAGGAGGACGGCGAGUUGAAGUCGCUGACAAUAAACGGCAAAGAGCAGCUACUGCGCAUCGGCACCCAGUGACCGCGGCCGCGCCGACGGCGGAGCGCAGUCGGAGGGACAGCAGGGACUUUGCCUUUUUUUUUUUUUUCUUCCCAGCGAUUGCCAGUGAACUCUGCUUGGAGAACCAGGGAUUCAUAAACGGAUCAUUCCAGUGCCUGUUUUGUUGUUGAUUGCUGGGACCACGUGCCGGGGGUCUCUGUCUUUGAAACUGUUGUAAAUAUCUGUAUGCACUUUGCUAUUUAUUAAACUCAAUACCAAGGCAAACGCUUA